GAGAACCCUGUCUACUUCACUGCUUGAGUCUUUUCAAGGCAAUCACAAACGACAAAAUCACUGUCUAUAUAAUUGACUACAUAUCUCGCCCAGUAUGUAUUAAAUGCUCAAACUCAGCAAACUGUUUCCGACCUAGAAAAUCCUUCAAAAUGAGUCCACCCGUCAUCGUCUUUGGUGCUACUGGUCACGUGGGCUCGGCGGCUGCCAUAGCAGCCGAGCAGCACGGCGUGUCAGUGGUUCUCGCCCUACGUGACAUCUCCAAGCCAAUUCCGGGUCUUAGCUCGGAGGAGGAAAAGGCUCGCAACUUUCAGAGAGUUUCAGCGGACCUGACCAAGCCUGAGACGGUGGAAGCUGCUGUACGCACCACUGGGGCAAAACAUGCGUUCAUCUACCUGAUCCACGGCGAUACAGGUUACGGCAAGGCUGCAAUCGAGGCCCUCAAGACUGCCGGCAUCGAGUUUGUCGUGCUUCUGAGCACCGCCAUGGUCCAGGGGGACAUUACCAAGAUCACCCCGGAAACCUAUGUCCGAUACGCGCAUGCGCAGUAUGAGAUCCAGCUCGCAACAAUAUUCGGUCGCGGCGCAUACGUCGCUCUCCGGCCUGCCUUCUUCAACACCAACGUGCGCUGGUGGACAGCUAUGAUCGCCGAGGGCGAGGUCAGGAUUCCUUACCCGGAUACCAUACUAGAUUGGCUUGCGCCAGAGGAUAUCGGCAAGGCCGCGGCCACAUUGCUCGUCCAGGGACCUGAGGCUUUGCCUAGUGGCGUCGAAGGGCCGGAGACCGCCAUCACCCUCUGCGGACCCAAACUCUUGUCAAUCCGGGACGCUAUUGGCAUUUUCGGCAAGGUUCUCUCACGAGACAUCAAAAUUACGCAGAUCGACGCGACCGAAGGCGUGUAUAACUUGGUCAAGAUUGGAGUUGUUAUUCUUAAAUCAAAUGGCCUUUAUGCAUCGCCCGACUCUGCGCCUGUGAGAAUGUCCACGGGUAAAAGGGAGGAGGGUGGCAUAACACCUCCAGGCGCAUGUUCCAUUCCACUAAUCCCCGAGCUUUUAUAG